ACUGUUCGAUAGAAGAAUUCUUGAAAGGACAAAAAAGGAAUAUAUGACGUCACCUCUUGCGUGUGAAUCCAGAUUAAAUUUCUAAACCGAACAAGCUCCCAAUAAAUACCAAAAGCCAACACAAAAAUUAUCCAUAUCAAAUACUAACACACACCGCUUUCUAAUUUAAAAAAAAAAAAAAAAAAAAAAAAAACAGACAAACAAAAAAAUUCGAAGAAAAUGAACUGCAAAAUCUUACAAUCGGGCCCGAAAUCCGGCGUUUACGCAAUCCCAAAGCCCAAUCAAUGGAGCGAAACCCGCAUGCCCGAAUCAAUCUCCUUCGCGUCGCAGGUAUCGAGCUCGAGAAUCUCGAUGAGGAGCCUGACCGGGCCGCGCUGGGCCCGAGGCACGGCCAGAAUAGAGGCCGCAACUGCAGAGUCACUGUACGAAGUGCUGGGAAUCGGAGAGAGCGUGAGUUCGGUUUCCGACAUCAAAAAAGCGUAUAAAGAGAUGGCUAGAAAGUACCAUCCGGACGUUUCGCCACCGGAGAGAGUGGACGAGAACACGAGGAGGUUUAUAAUGGUGAAAGAGGCUUACGAGACGCUCUCCAAUCCGCAGAGGAGAGCUCUCUACGACAGGAAUCUCGCCGGCGGCCAUCACUACCAGAAAAUAGAAGAAAAUGAUGAGUGGAAGAUGAGGUGGCAGUCUCAGCUUGAUGAGUUGAAGAGGAGAAGCAAUAAUAUUUCGAGACGAGAGAGAGUGUCAUGGGGUGCACGAAUGCGUACUCAAAUAUGAUCUUCUUAUCUUUUUUUAGAUGGAUCGGAUUAUCAGAUGUAAAUAUAUGUUAUAUAUCUCAUAUUCAUAAAUUAUAACUCAUAGUAUUGGGUUAUGUUUAUUGGCGUAAUAAGAUGACGACAUUAUUUUUGGAA